CUCAAUUGCCGCCGCGUUUUUAAAUGUUAAGUGUUUUUGUGAUUAUCCACCAAUGAAACAUCCCCUUAAAGUUCAGCAGCCCUCUGAUAAUGAGGAAGACGACUCAGAAAGCUUUAAAAAAGUUAGGCGUGUAGUCUGCAAAGGUAAAGCACCAGUCGACGUUGAAUGUGUUGCUAAAGUCAAUUCAGCUUAUGUUUAUUAUGAAGGCGAUGAUAUUUACGAUGCCAUGCUAAAUCAGACUAAUGUUCAAAAUAAUAACAAUAAAUACUACAUUAUACAGCUUUUAAAAGAUGAAAGUAUAAACAAUUACUCAGUUUGGUUUCGUUGGGGUCGAGUUGGGAAAUCUGGCCAAAAUAAACUUGAAAAUUUUGGUGGUAAUUUACAAGCUGCUAAGAGUUGUUUUGAAAAAAAGUUUCUAGACAAAACACUAAAUCAGUGGAGAGAAAGAAGGAAUUUCAUAAAACACAAUGGAAAGUAUGAUAUGGUCGAAAUUGAUUAUGGUGUACAAGAUGAAAACGCAACUGCAAAGAAAAAGAAGGUUAAAGAAGUUAAAUCACGACUUCCUGUUGCCGUGCAGGUACUUAUGAAAUUAAUAUGUGACUUUAGUAACAUGGAACAAGUUAUGACUGAACUAAAAUAUGAUUCACGCCGAGCUCCUUUAGGAAAGCUUAGUAAAUCACAAAUUUGUGCAGGUUAUAAAGCAUUGGAUAACAUAUCCCAAAUGAUUGGUGCCUUGUCAGCUUUAAGUCAAGCGUGUAAUACUGAAACAGAAACUAAGCCAAGGGGCAGAGUAAAACGUAUCGUCAAAACAAAUGUGGGUGAUAAACGUAAACUUGAAGAACAAUUACUGUUGGCCUGUAAUGAUUUCUAUACACGGAUACCUCACGAUUUUGGUAUGCGUAUACCACCGGUUAUUCGUACAAUGCCUGAAGUCAAAUCAAAAAUUGAACUACUAGAAGCCUUAUCCGAUAUUGAAUUUGCUGUAAAUAUUUUGAAGAAUAAUCAAUCAUCUACUGAAAAUAUUAUUGAUGUAAAUUAUAAACGACUGAAUUGUGACAUUAAACCUCUGCGAUCAACUGAUCCAAUGUAUUCGUUGUUAACCGAUUACAUGCACGAAACACAUGGAGUUACACAUAAUUGGUAUACAUUGGAAAUAUUAGAUAUAUUCGAAUGUCAAAAAUCUGCAGAACAAGGAGAAUUCAAAGAUUACGGGAAUAGGAUGCUUCUUUGGCAUGGAAGUCGUUUAACUAAUUGGGUUGGCAUUUUAGGCAGAGGUUUACAAAUUGCUCCGCCUGAAGCUCCAUCUUCUGGUUAUAUGUUUGGAAAAGGUGUAUAUUUUGCUGAUUGUUCAUCGAAAUCAGCCAAUUAUGUUUAUCCAACACAAGCUAACAACGUUGGACUCAUGAUUGUUUGUGAGGUCUCAUUAGGUAAACAAAGAGAAUUAUAUCAAUCAUGUUCUAAUGCUCAUGAAAAUCUCGCUGAUUAUCAUAGUGUAAAAGGUGUUGGUAAAUGGCGAACAGAUUCUGCAACAUGGAAAACUUUGAAUGAUGGUGUUAUAGUACCAUGUGGUAAAUUAAUUCAAGCACCUGAAAUUGAAGCAAAUAAAUGUAUUUUACAAUUUAAUGAAUAUAUUGUCUAUUGUGUAAAUCAAAUACGUUUACGAUAUUUACUGAAGGUGAAAUUUAAUUUUGUUCAUUAAAAUAUCUAUGUCAGUAUUGUCCUAUUUGGUUAUUGUUAUUUUUCCCUAAUUUUUUUCUUUUUACAUACAAAUUUUAUUGACUGUAACGAUCCCUUUUAGUAACUAUGAUAUUUUCGUUUUUUAUAUAUGAUAAGAUUACUGAAAUGUUUUUUUUUAUUAUUUUGUAUAAUAAAAAUUAUAUACGUAUAAUCUUGAUCAAUGAUUAGAUCUAUUUUUUAUUAUGAGUUGGUUUUCUUUUGUUGUUUAGUCAUAACAGAAGGGUUUUUGUGGAUAUUAUAGUAAUUUCAAUGGUUGAGAUCAUGAGUCAAUUGAGGCUAGAUCACCACAAAAAACCUGGACGGCCGUUUCGUUCUAUUGUGAGACUCCCCAGCACUGUACAUCCACGAUCCCGCUCCGCGAGAUUCGAACGCGGGACCUACCAGUCUCGCGCGGGAGCGCUUAAUCCCUAGACCAUUGAGCCGUGUUAAUGACUGACUUCAACCAAUCCACGAAAUUGAGCGACUAUUUAAUCAUAAUUUAAUUUUUAAGCAAUUGGUAUAUCUUCCAACAACAUUCUUUAUAUAUUGUCUGUAAAAUCAGUAACUUUUUACAUUACCAAUAACACAAAGAUCAAUAAAAUAGAUUAAAACUACUCAUUGCCCUCUCACAGCGAGGGUGUUGUUUACGAAAAUG